AUGGAUGGGGAGACUCAGCCAUUUCUGCAGCAGCAGCAGCAACAGCAACAACAACAGCAGAUGGUUCCGCUACAAGAUAGCUACAUGCAGAGUAGAGCUGAAGCUCUUCAAAAUGUCGAGUCAACAAUUCACGAGCUUGGCAGUAUCUUCAAUCAGCUGGCAACUUUGGUUUCUCAACAAGGGGAAAUUGCUAUCAGGAUCGAUGAGAACAUGGAUGACACACUGGCAAAUGUGGAGGGUGCGCAAGGUGCUCUGCUCAAAUACCUCAAUAGCAUCUCCUCAAAUAGGUGGCUGAUGAUUAAGAUAUUCUUUGUACUUAUUUUCUUCCUCAUGAUUUUUCUAUUUUUUGUGGCAUAAAUAUAAUGAACGAGAAGCAACAUUUUUUAGAGCGAGAUCACCUGUUUUGCAUGUAACAAGCUUCACAAUUUUCUUUUUAUUGAGUUAGUUUUCAUGUGAAUGCGGAUGAAGUAACACUGCCGAUUUCAUCAUUUGUGAUACGCACAGCAUAUAUGUAAUUGUGUAUUGAGCAAUUUUUCUGUGAAAUUAUGGUAGAUCAAGUGAUAACAGAGACAAGUUGUAAAUUCAAACGUCUUUGAGGUUGAAUUCUGACAAUUUUUUGGGCUUAAAUUAUG